AUGGACUCUUACAAACCAAGUGCAACGGCUAUCGUGUGUAUCGAGAAAUGGCUUUACUUCCAAACAUAUUUUGGAUCUUCGCAAUAUCAGUCAACGUAUCGAGUUAAUAUUUCAAUUGAAGACUUCAAACAAAAUGGAAAUUUUCAAACGAAUUCAAACAAUAUAGAGAGGAGGUCGAAAUCGGGCGGACCACGAAACAUGAAAUAUUUUAAUGACGAUUUCAGCAAUGACUCUUUUGAUAUGAAUUCGUCGAUGUUAUCUGAAAAUGGCAGUGAAGGAUGGCUUAGUGCAAAUGGCACUCAAUCAGGGUAUGAGCCGAUUGCUCAAGGAAAGAAGGCAACUGUGAACCUUUGGUGUAUGAGUCCUGCUUUGUCAUUUAUUGAUGCAUUUAAUGAAUGUCGUUCUGUAAUUCUCGCGUCUGGAACUCUUUGUCCGAUGGAAACACUCAAGACGGAGCUUGGAAUGGAAUUCAAGCAACAGGCCGAAGGGGAUCAAGUCAUCCCAUCCGAUCGCAUCUUUGCUGCUGUUUUACCAAUUGGUCCUUCUGGGUCUCGAAUACAAUGCACCUACAGAAACACAGCAAAUGGAGAUUCAAUAUUCUACAAAGAACUUAGCUCGAUUAUCACUUAUGUUUGUGUGAAUGUUCCCGCAGGGAUCCUUUGCUUUCUCCCAAGUUAUCGAGUUUUGGACUUGUUAAAAACUAAACUGGAAACCUCUUCAUACAUGCAACAAAUCGAAAACAAAAAGCUUGUUUUGUUUGAACCUCGUAGAUCUUCUGAAUUAGCAAGUGUCAUGGCCCAAUUCGAUGAAGCAAUUUUCGAGCCUCAUCUCAUCGGGCCGAAUGUUAACGGUGCUUUGAUGUUUGCUGUAUUUCGUGGAAAAGUUUCCGAGGGAAUUGAUUUCGCUGAUGAUCGCGCGCGAGUUGUGAUUUCUGUGGGUAUUCCAUUCCCGAGUUCAAUGGAUGAGUUGGUGAAUGCUAAACGAGUAUACAACGAUGAAAAUAGUAAAAAACUGGGUAUUCUGAACGGUGAAGAAUGGUACGUAACGCAGGCAUAUCGAGCCUUGAAUCAAGCUCUCGGAAGAUGCCUUCGUCAUAAAAAUGAUUGGGGUGCUUUAUUGCUUAUCGACGAAAGACUCGAACGCCAAGUCGGCAAUAAAACGGGCGGUGCUGCUUCUGCAAAAGUCUCGAAAUGGAUCCGGACGCAGCUCAAAUCAUACCCGAGUUUCGGACAAUUCGAUGAACAAUUUCGAUGUUUUAUGCAGCGAAUGUUAACCGAAAAAAUGAAUGUGAAAGAAGAAAUUGAUCUGACAUGA